AUGGCUGCGGCUGAAGGCAGUGUGAAGCCUCUUCAGACUGCCAUGAAGAUGGCCACAGUAGCGAUACAACUGGACGGAGAGAACAGACAUAAGGAAGCCUACUGUGAAUACCUCCAGACCAUCAACUACAUAUCACAUGCACUUUUGGAAGAAGCUGGGUCACAAAAUGAGAGGGAGAUGGUGGCAGUGGAGGUGGAGCGGAUGUUGAGGCUGGCUGAGCAGUGUCUGGAGCGAGCCAAGUCAUUUAUAGGGAAGAACACUGAUCCACCUCGUCUUUCUGCCUCUGGAGCUGCUUCCUCUUUCUGUUCACCUGGCCAGUCAGAACCCCACGAGACUGCUGUCCUCCCAGCUGCCAUUGCUCCAAACACAGUCCCUCCAUCUAGUACUCCUGUCCACACAGGACAUAAAGCAAGCAGCCCGACAAAGACCGGCCACCGAAGGGUGUUGUCAGAUGGUGGCGGGGAGCUCUCCCCUUUUCUGCCUCCUGAGGUGUUCCAGAGACUGCAAACAGUGGAGGCACAGAACACAAGCAAAAAGGAGCUGACACCCAUUGAACAAGCAUCACGUUUGAAUCAGAAGUUGAAAGCCAAUUAUGAAGCUCGUCUGGCAAGACUCACCCCUGGCCAGGCCUGCCAGAAGACAUCUUUGACGCUCUCUCUCCAGCGGCAGAUGAUGGAGAACCUCAUCAUAGCCAAAGCCAGGCAGGAGGCUCUCCAGCGGAAGAUGGAGGAGAGACGAUUAAGGCUACAAGAAGAGGCCAACAGGAGAUUUGCAGCAUCUGGUGGAAUGACUGCAGAGGAGCAAGAGCAGCGUACUCUUUAUGCCAGUGUACUGGAAUAUGAACAAGACCAUGACUGGCCCAAACUGUGGAAAGCCAACAUGAAGGAAAAUCCUGACAUGGCAUUAGUGCCACGUCUAGUCUCCUACCUGCUCAGCCAGUCUGACCAUCCUGUGGUGAAGCUGUUGAGGAAACACCAGUUUCGGAUUUACAACAGACUCUACCCCAUUGUCAGUAAAGGCCUCCCCCAGAGUCCUGCCCUGCUGCUGAGACCUUCUCACAGUACUCACAACCUGCUUCACUCAGAAACCCAGAGGAAACCAAUUAGGACUGUGAGCACUAGCAGCCAGAGCUUCAGCACCUACUCAUCCCUCUCUUCCUUGGUCUCUCACAACCUCCACACCAAACACAACAAUGAGGAAGGGGAGGAACCUCACCCACUGGUGACGGUGGACCGGGAGAACUCCUUUGAAGAUUUGGAGCAGUUUCUGACUCAGUUGGACUGGGCUUCUGCUCACGACAGCACCGAUGACACCAUCUCAAAUUCAGAGCUCCCCUGUGAUCCUCUGAUUCUGGACGAGGGUCACAUCCAGGAGCUGGAGAUGAGAGUGCUGAAAGAACACCUGAAGGCCAUUGUCAAAGACAUUCAUAUUGCAAUUGAUCAGCUUCUGUCACUGUGUCUGCUGUCGUUUGAGUGUCUAAACACAGCAAGCUCUAAAGACCUGUGCCUUUCCAGCAUUGAGGAAGCCUUCUUCACUCCCCUGUGGCACGCCCUGCUGGCUCUUUUCAGGAAAGUCAACAGGGUUGGUGUUCCCUUGAGACUGUUCCCCCAAGGCCCUAGUUUGCAAGGUUCCUACCCCUACGAGUCUGCUGUUCAGGAGCUUAAGCUUCUCGUUACAGACUACUGCCCACAGAAGAAGCUGGAGUGUCUUGUAAGGACAUUACGCCUGAUCUGUGCCUGUGCUGAGGAUUGUCGGUGUCUUCAUGAGGUUGACGCUACACCCAGAACAUCUGCCAUUGGUGCAGAUGACCUGUUGCCCAUCCUGUCUUUCGUGGCUCUGCAGUGCCAGUGUCCUCAGCUGAUUUCUGAAUGUGCUGCUUUGGAGGAGUUCAUUCAUGAAGGCUAUUUGAUAGGAGAGGAAGGCUACUGUCUGACAUCCAUGCAGAGUGCCUUGGCCUAUGUUGAGUCGCUGCACACAGGAGAAGCACAGCUUCCUGCAGACACGUCCACCUGAAAAAGGCUGCAGCAAACCCUCCCAAGUCGAUUCCACAUUCCCUGUUGCGCUGCAGAGAGGCAGGAGCUGCUCACCCCGUUGUGUUGUGCAGAUGCAUGUGACCUUGUACCAACACAGACCACCUGUACGUUUACCUGGAGGACUUUGUUUUGCUCUGUUUCCAACAGAGGACUAAACUGGUGCUGGUGAGUCAUUUCUGCAUGGGGCCAAACUAGGCUUCGCUGGGUCUUCAGUCUGUAAAGCAUUUACUGGCACCGCAUUGUUAAACUACUAUAGAUGACUAAGAUUGGGUUUGUCUUAGAGGGGAAGUUUGGGCGUGUUGUGAUUGGUUAUAUAAAUGCUUAUAAAGAAGAUACCCACAUAUCCUUUACCAAUAUAGAUACUGUUCCCCUUUCCUUCUGAAGACAAGUCAAACCUGUGAGAGGAGACAUUUUAAAAACACACUACUGACGUUCUAUAUAGAGUGUGACUCAGCCAACCGUGUGUGCUCAAGCCCCACAGGGGGGUAAAACGUCCCCUGUUUCCCUAUGGGACAGAGCAGUUAUCAGAGAUGCCAUGCAGCAGUAGCAGUGACACUGAAGGAAUCCGGGAAUAACCGCUGUCGGGUGAGAAGUCUUGUUUGUAGCACAUGUUGUCAUUGUGUUUGUGUGCGACAGGAUGUUUCAUGUUUUGAUUCGGCAUACUGGACUGUGGUUGGGUUGUAGAUACUGUAGAGAGUAACACUGUUGCAUUUUCUUACUCUGGUCCACUUUUUAAGUGUGUGUGUGUGCGUGCGUGCGUGUGUGUGUGUGCGUGCGUGCGCCUGCAGGAUAGAUUGCAAGCCACAGUGACUGCAGGUAUAUGUGACCUGUAUUGAGCCAUGUGGAUUUAUGAUAGUUUUUCUGCAUCACACAGCAGUUGGUUUUUACCUCCUUCCCUGUAUGCAUUCAUUUCCAUUUUUACCUUUCCUCAGCCUAGGUUUUAUACAUUUCUCCCAUUUCCCCACGCGCACCUUGACAUCUGCAGUUGCACAAUCAUAGGAUCGAAGCAAAAGUCCAACUCAUAUAUUUGGAAAUGAAUUAUGUAUUGGUAGAUUGAGGGGCUUAGAAAAUAUUAUAUAUUAUCUGUAUGUUAUUAAAGGGACUCAUUACGUUGAUGACCAGACCAGAUUGGGCUUCUUUUUUCUUUGUGAGGUCCAUUGAGGUUUUAAACACCUACAGACACCAGAGUGACCGAGGGUCUGGUGUUUCUGCAUUUUUUUUACCCUGUUAUUUGCAAAUUACCGUUUACUAGAGUGACCCUUAUCUAAAGCAAUCUGUGAUGUCUUUUUCCUUUUAGUCUUUUCAGGCAGCCAUUGGUUUUGAUCUUGGCAUAGCAUACAAAUCAACUUGCAUAUUCUAGAAACUUUGGUUUGUAUUGUUUGCUGCUGUGGUGCAUUCCUCUGACUGACUCCAGCACGCAAGACCUGGAACGAGACGACGAUGACAACGUCUCUUUAGACAAAAAGG